CGGCGCGUGCGUCUGACGUCACAUCCGGUAUCGCCAGGCGGAGAGAAACCGGGCCAGUGGCACCGCUCUGGAUGGUGGUGAUGUGCUCGCACCUCGCUUUGUUCUCCCCCGAUCAAAGCCGCGCAGAUGGAUUUGUUCUGGUAACUUUCCCUGGUGUUGAGGCUCAGACAAACCUUUGACAGGAUGUUGGGAUUUCUGAAGGAGCCAGUUGUGGUCACUGCAGAGAUCAAUGUGAACCUUGUGGCACUGUCUGUGAUGGGAUUAAUAAGUCGUCUCUGGGGGCUUUGCUAUCCACGGGCUGUGGUUUUCGAUGAAGUUUAUUAUGGACAAUUCGUUUCACUCUACAUGAAGAGGAUCUUCUUUGUGGAUGACAGUGGCCCACCCUUUGGCCACAUGCUGCUGGCCUUGGGAGGUUACUUAGGAGGAUUUGAUGGAAACUUCCUAUGGAACAGGAUUGGAGCUGAAUACAGCAUGAAUGUUCCUGUGUGGUCCCUGCGACUCCUGCCAGCCCUGGCUGGUGCUCUUUGUGUGCCUUUAGCUUACCAGAUUUUGGUUGAACUGCACUUCUCCCACUGUGCUGCACUUGGAGCUGCUCUUCUGAUUCUCUUAGAGAACUCUCUGAUCACUCAAUCAAGGUUCAUGCUUCUGGAAUCAAUACUGAUUUUUUUUAUCCUGCUUGCAGUUUUGUCUUACCUGAAGUUCUACAAUUUGCAAAAGCACAGUGCCUUCUCUGGAAGCUGGUGGUUUUGGCUCCUGCUGACUGGAGUAGCCUGUUCUUGUGCAGUUGGAGUGAAAUAUAUGGGCCUGUUUACCUAUAUGCUGCUCUUGGCCACUGCAGGACUUCACUUCUGGCACAUGAUAGGGGACCAGAACUUGUCAAAUAUUUCCUUGCUGUGCCAUUUUCUAGCCCGGGGUCUGGCCCUCAUCAUCAUCCCCAUGGGGCUGUACCUCUCCUUCUUCUACGUUCACUUGGCUUUGCUGUAUCGCUCUGGGCCUCAUGACCAGAUCAUGACAAGUGCUUUCCAAGCCAGCUUGGAGGGUGGGCUGGCUCGAAUCACUCAGGGCCAGCCCUUGGAGGUGGCCUAUGGCUCUCAGAUCACGCUGCGGAACGUGCUGGGCAAGCCCGUGCAGUGCUGGCUGCACUCUCACACCAACACUUACCCCAUCAGGUAUGAGAAUGGCCGAGGGAGUUCCCAUCAGCAGCAGGUGACCUGCUAUCCCUUCAAGGAUGUGAACAACUGGUGGAUUGUCAAAGACCCUGGAAUGCAGCAGCUGGUGGUGAGUAACCCACCACGGCCUGUCAGGCACGGGCACAUCGUGCAGCUGGUCCACGGCAUCACAACUCGCUACCUCAACACGCAUGAUGUUGCUGCUCCUCUUAGCCCACACUCCCAAGAAGUUUCCUGCUAUAUUGAUUAUAACAUCUCCAUGCCAGCACAGAACCUCUGGAGAGUGGAAAUUGUAAAUCGUGAGUCUGACACGGAUGUGUGGAAGACAAUUCUGUCAGAAGUGAGGUUUGUUCACGUGAACACCUCUGCAGUGCUGAAGCUCAGUGGAGCAUCUCUGCCGGAGUGGGGAUACCGGCAGCUGGAGGUGGUUGGAGAGAAGCUGUCCAAGGGCUACCACCAGAGCAUGGUGUGGAAUGUGGAAGAGCACAGAUAUGGGAAAAGCCAAGAGCAAAAAGAAAGGGAAGUGGAACUCCACUCUCCCACACAGAUGGACAUCAGUAAAAACCUCAGCUUCAUGGCAAAGUUCACAGAAUUGCAGUGGAAAAUACUCACAUUAAAAAAUGAAGACACAGAACAUAAGUACAGCUCCUCUGCCCUGGACUGGAUCACAAUGGACACCAAUAUUGCCUACUGGCUCCACCCCACCUCAGGGGCCCAGAUCCACCUCCUGGGGAAUGUUGCCACCUGGGCUUCAGCUAACGCUGCUGCUCUGGUCUACCUGUGUCUGUCCCUGUGGUACUUGCUACGGCGAAGGAGGAAGAUUUAUGACAUCCCUGAAGAUGCCUGGCAGCUCUGGACGUCAGCAGGAGGUGUCUGUGCUGGAGGCUGGGCUGUGAAUUACCUGCCCUUCUUCCUGAUGGAGAAAACACUUUUCCUGUACCACUACCUGCCUGCUGUCACAUUCCAGAUUCUCCUGAUUCCUGUGGUACUGCAGCAUCUGGGUGAUCAUCUCUGCAGAUCUGUGCUGCUGAAGAGCAUGCUGAGUGCCCUGACUGUGGCCUGGCUCUCCUCAGUGUACUUUGUGUACUGCACCUUCAGCCCCCUGAGCUACGGGCAGCCCGCGCUGUCCCCCACGGAACUCAGGGCCCUGCGCUGGAAGGACACCUGGAACAUCCUGAUCCGAAAGCAGUGAGCACUGCAGCCCUGGGACAGCAAAAGAAACACCUUUUGUGCAAAGCCAAGAAUUUAUUGUCAGUAUCAUGGAAAUCUUAACAGUCGGUUCAGCUAUUUUGUAGUAGUCCAGAUCUAAUGAUUACAGAAGAAAAUAAAGGCACACUGUUACAGAAAAGGUCU